CAGAGAGUAGAGAGGGACAAACACAGACAAAGAAGUUGGCCAUGGCUACGAAGUCACUUUCUUUCUUCGCCCUAUUUUUCACACUCUUUUUGGUCAUAUUUGAAGUGCCGGAGAUAGAAGGGCAGCUGUGCAUGAGAGAAUACGUUGGUGAUUUUCCCUUAAGCAACUGUUCCGCUGUGGAAACUCCGCUUUGUCAUACAAAAUGCCGUGAAAACGGAGCUGAAGGUGGAAUUUGCUAUGUGGCAGUAGAGGGAGAGGACGAACAGCGUGUCGAAAGCUAUAAGUGCUUAUGCAACUUCUGCAGCGAGACAUUCUGCCACGACACUCCUGGUCCUAGUCAGACUCUAGGUUGAAUAAUCCUGCAUGUGUCAUGGUUUGUAUGAUAAUAAAAAUGAAAGUCGUCCAAUUAUUAAUAAAUAUGUGAAAAAGAGCCGGAAGUACCUUAAGGCUCACAUGG